AUGAAGUUCUACUACCACGACAACGACUCCAGCGUCGACCAGUGUGCGCCCCACGACUCGGGCGAGCCCGUGACGGCGGAGCAGCUGGAGAAAAUCGGCGUUCUGGCGUUCCACUACCCCGAUGUUGAGGACGUGAACCGUCUGGCCAAGGAGCGAAAGUACACAAACCGAGACGAGGUGACCAUCACUCCAGAGGCGAUGGGCGGCCAGGAAAACUACGAGAAGAAGCUCAAGGUCUUCUACGAGGAGCAUCUGCACGAGGACGAGGAGAUUCGGUACAUUUUGGACGGCGAGGGAUACUUUGACGUUCGAGACAAGGACGACCGAUGGAUUCGGGCCCAGCUCAAUGCCGGCGACCUGCUGAUUCUGCCCAGCGGCAUCUACCAUCGGUUCACUUUGUCUGAGAAGAACUAUGUCCACACCAUGCGAUUGUUUCAGGCCGAGCCCAAGUGGGUCGCUUUGCCCCGACCUGUGGACAACAAUCCUUAUCGACAGGAGUACGUCAAGGCCAUUUCUGCUUAG